CCUGGCCAAUCCCAAGCUGUUUCUGCCGUGCUGGUGUCUGGUCAUCAUGACGUAUCUGUCAGGAGGUUCUUAUGUCGUCGGGAUGCUGACCACCAUGGAGAAACGAUUUGGCCUUCAAAGUCGUCAGCUUGGUCUGAUCAGCAGCGCCGCCGAUGUUGGAAGCAUGAUGACGGUUCUGUUCGUCACUUACUACGGCGGGAAGCCAGGCGUCAGCCGGCCGAGGAUCAUCGGUGUUGGUGCCUUGCUGUUGGCCGCUGCCGCCACCCUCUCUGGUAUGACCCACUUCAUCACACCAGCAUAUGACGUCAGUUUCAAUAGUACGGAUAACAGCACCAACCAGGGGCCUUGCAUGGCUAAUCGGACUGUAUCGUCGUGCGGCUCCGAGGAGGAGAAGGCGGUGUCCUCUAAGGGAGGCUGGCUAGCCCUGUUCCUUUUCGCACAGUUUUUGUACGGGAUUGGUGGCACGCCAGUCAGACCUCUUGGAACAACAUACAUCGACGACCAGGUAUCCAGGAGAAGUGCACCAGUCUACUUUGGAAUAUCCUCCAUGGUCUUCGCUAUCGGCAUUCCCAUCGGCUUCAUCAUGGGCGCCUUCGUCAUCAAGUACUACGUGGACAUCGACAAGGGCAUCGACCCCAGCGAGUUUGGGCUGACCUCAGAUAACCCCCUGUGGGUCGGGGCAUGGUGGCUGGGGCUCUUCAUCCUAGCUGGGGUUCUGGUGGUGGUGGCCAUGCCCAUGUUCUUCUUUCCCGCCGCAAUGAAAAGGCCAGAGAAUGACGACGAUGAGGUGGAGAAGGAAGAGAAGAGCACCAAACAGCGGAUGCUGCCGAUGAUGGACACUGGCCGUAAAGAACCACUUCUGGACUCCACCAGGGGGUUGUUUGAGCAACUGAAAGACAUGGCUAAAAGCCUGAAGGACAUCCUGACGAACGGGACGUUCAUGAUGCUGUGCUUCUCCGGCGUGUGUAACGCGUCUGUGUCCGGGGCCUACUCCUUCAUGCCGAAAUACAUGGAGGUGCAGUUCGGCGUCCCAAAGUCAAGAGCCAACCUGCUCCUUGCCCCUAUCGUCUUACCUACCAUGAUCGUCGGCUUCCUGGCGUCUGGGCUCAUCAUCAGGAGGUUCAAGCUGUCCCCGAGGCAGUGUGUCUACAUGAGUAUGACCGUCACUGCCGUGUCCACUCUGGGCUUCGUCGGGAUGUUCUUCUUCACUUGUCCGGUACCACCCAUGGCGGGCGUCACCAUUCCCUACGGAUACAGCCCCUACAUGCCCAACGCCCCCCAGCUGGCGGCUGAGGACGCCAACCUGCUGUCCCCCUGUAACGGAGAGUGCAGCUGCAGCACGGAGAAGUACAGCCCGGUGUGCGGCAUGGACGGAGUUACCUACUUCUCGGCGUGUCACGCGGGAUGUACCGAGGGGGGAGAAGACUUCGUGCACCCGAUGGGAUUCACCCUCAAGAAAUAUUCCAAUUGCGGUUGUCUGGCCAAACUCCCACCAGAGGUCCUCAUGAAGAUAGCUGCAAAAUUUAGCGGUGGCGGCGGAAAGGGACCAGGUGGUAGACCCUCAGCAAAUGGCGGAGCAGGAAUGCCUGGAGGUCAGCGUCCCGGCACCGGGGCUGGAAUUCCAGGGUCAGGAGGUCAGCGUCCCGGUACCGGAGCCGGAAUGCCGGAUUCAGGCGGCCAGCGUCCAGGCACUGGGGUCGGAAUGCCGGAUUCAGGCGGCCAGCGACCAGGAAACGGAACAGGGAUACCGGAUUCAAGCGGCCAGCGCCUUGGCACCGGAGCUGGAAUGCCGGAUUCAGGUGGCCAGCGUCCCGGCAACGGAACCGGAAUGCCGGAUUCAAGCGGCCAGCGUCCCGGGACCGGAGCCGGAAUGCCGGAUUCAGGCGGCCAGCGUCCCGCCAACGGAGAAGGUAUGCCAGAUUCGGGUGGCAAGCGUCCCGGCACUGGAGAUGGAGCAGGGAUACCGGAUUCGGGUGGACAGCGUCCCACUCCCGGAGCCGGAAUGCCGGAUUCAGGCGAUCAGCGUCCCAGCACCGGAGCUGGAAUGCCGGAUCCAGCUGGCCAAGGCUCGGGCACUGCAGAUGGAAUGCCGGAUUCGGGUGACGUGCGUCCCGGCAACGGAGCCGGAAUGCCGGGUUCAGGCGGCCGUCGUCCCGGCACCGGAGUUCCCGGAAAAGGACCAAUGAUGCCUCCCGGAAUGAAGGUGCCGAGCUUUGCCAUUGGUGCUCCGUGUCCUCAGAUAUGUGGACAAUGGAAGUACUUUCUGGGAAGCUUUGUCGUAGUCGGCUUCCUCAGUUCCUUCGGAUUGAUCCCCAGCAUCAUUGCCGCUCUCAGAUCAUUGACCCCCGAGACGAAGUCCCUCGGCAUGGGGGUGCAGAUUGUGUUCUAUCGACUGCUCGGAUUCAUCCCCUCGCCUAUCUACUUCGGUGUUCUGAUCGACUCGACCUGUCGCCUGUGGAACACCACGUGCGGCGAGAGGGGCGCCUGCCUCCUGUACGACCUGGACCUCAACCGCUACUACUUCCUGGGGCUCAUGGUCGCCUUCAGGGUGUUGAGCAUCCUCUGCGAGUUCGUCGCCGCUCAACGUUUCAAGAAGAGGGAGGAACUGGAGCCAGAGGGAAAGAAGGAAGUGGUGACGACCAAUGACAUCGCGUCAUCGCUUGGGAAUCUGGCGGGGUCCAUCAAGAGUCUGGACAUUGCCGGUCGCGACGAGAACGGGACGAUGAAGGAUACGGAGGAUCUGCGGAUGAACAUCUGGAAGAAGAGAGGAGGGGAGGAAGUCAAGCCUCUUGCUUAAGUGGUCGGUUUACAUACGUCUUAAGCUGUCGUGCGACUUUUGAUGUACAAUUUUCAAGCAGGCUGGGGAUUUUGAGGAGGGGGGGGGGGGGGUGAUAGAUAGCGCUCGGUUUACAUUUGUCGUAUAGAUGGUAGUGCGUUUUUUUAUGUACAAUUUUCAAGCAGACUGUUUCAGGGCUCGAUAUGAUCUGCAUCUCUGUUAUAUUUUAUCUGACCGAUACCUUCCCCAUGAUCAACACAUCUUUAUUGACACGACAAAAGUACAGCGACUUUCGUAAUGUCUACAUGUAUAACGACUUCUUACAGUAUAACUAAACACACAUGAUCUCAGUGAAAAAUGGCAUUGUAGGCCGAUUUGAGCUUCUCAUGACAAAAAUAAAGAUUCAAACAAACAGGCCACCGGCAAGGAUGUAAGACAGCGUUUUAUCUUAAAAAAAAAAAAACAGAUGAAUUUUGUAUGAGACAUGUUAGGUUAUCCCCAAAAUGCUGUCAGUUUGCGAUCGCACGACAAUCGUACGACGUAUGUGAUGGAGUACUAAGCAUAGCUAAGUAAUUCAGAAUGUUGGAGCUGUUAUUUACAUUUAACCAUUAGAUGCUAAGGAUAAAGUCUUGUAUCUAUUUCAUUCUAGUUUUUACAUCAGAAGUUAUAGUGGAUAUUUAAUUUCAUUAUAUAAGAUUAAGAUUAAUGAAGGAAAAUGUUGAACAUAAUCUUUAAAAUCAAAUGUCUACAAGUAUAGAUUUCUUUUUCGUUUAAACUUUGAGAUUAUAUCCAUACGAUUAUACUACAAUCAACUUAUAUGAAAUCGGAGAGUAAUGAUAUGUAAAUGUAGCAGGGAAACUUUCACAAUGUAUAAUCUUUUAACCAUAUAUCAUUGACUUUUUGAUUAUUAGACAAGAUUAUAGACUUAUAGAUACAGUUGUUACUAUAUAGUUUUAGCAUAAAUGUUCUUAUAGAAUACUAUCAGGGUAAUAGCGUAAUGUCGGUAAAUUGUAAAGGAUGUGUUAGUCACAUCUUAGCAACAUAUCGCGGAAUGUAAUGAUUUUGUUAGAAUUAAGGAAACGCUAAGCAUAGCUGAAUAUAUUAGCCAGUAUAUGACAGUUGGUAAAUCGAGAAUAUGGGUAUGAACUAGACUUUUAAUCAAUUUGAGACCAAAAUAUAUUAGUACGAAUUGAACUGAAUAUCAACUGUUUACUGUAUUGAACUGGCAUCGACAUUUCUAUAGGUGGUAUAAUCGUAUCAUCAUAUUGUAUUAUUACUAGUGGUCACGGUCUUACUACAACUUUGAGCAAAUUUGAAUUCGUAGACAUAAUAACAGUUGCGUAAUCAUACGUUAUACACUCUUACGCAACUGUUAUCAUGUCUACGAAUUCAAAUUUUGCUCAAAGUUGUAGUAAGAACUAACAUGGUGUCUGUGAAUUUCCCUACAUCUAACUUAUUUUGUAACUUCGAAGUUUCACUUUGUGAAUACUAAACUACAUCGUAUCAUUUCAAUAACAGAUGAACGGGUAUCUCUGAUAGAUAUCAUGCUGUGAAACUGCCAUGCCGUCAAAUUAAGCUAUAUAUUUAUCAUAUUAUAUAUCUAUUUAUUCUAUUCGGUCAAUUAUAUUCUAUUUUGCCAUUUGUAUAUCAUACCAAAUGCAUCCUACGCGGGAGUUACUUGUAACAGCAAAGUAGCCUAAGAACGGCUCGAGGAUUGCAAAUAAAUAUUCACAAGAAGAA